GGCUACCCUCUCAGCACCCAGAGCUCCCACCUGGCCAGAUGCCAGGCAGUGGGGAGGAGACAGCCCUGGAGCAGUCAGGCAGGACAGAGCUGACCCAGCGGUGGGCGAGGAGAGGCCUGGACUCUGAGGAGGGUGUGAGCCGAGCCCAAAGCCAAGUAGGGACCUUGCAGAGACCAGCCGACCCCAAGCCCUCCGACCUGCGGCCUCCUGGGGCCAUGGAGGAUUCGGCUGAGGCAGCCGCCCCGCACCUCCUGGACAGCCCCGGGGUGGAGCCCUGGUACAGAGACCAGGAGGAUGGGGCCAGGGCGGUGGGCUGGAGCUGGUGCCCAGCGGCGGACGCUGCGGCCGGAUCUGAGCCAGGGGCUCCGACCCCCGAGCCUGGCAGCGUGCGGCCUGCGUCAGGGUCCUCUCCCAGCCAGAUGGCAAUGUACCCGACAGACCUGACGCUGACACUGCUGGCUGUGUGGAGGUCGGACAGGCGGCCGGACCCCGAGCUGCAGCGGGCCCUGCGCAUGCGGCUGCGUGUGCUGGAGAACGCGGGCCAGGAGGUUGCCCGUGUGCUCGGGGAGCUGUCAGCCCGGCUCCUGUCUAUCAACAGUGACUGUGACCAGAUGGUGGUGACCUUUAAGACUUUCGGGGAGAUCUGGAAGUUUUCCACCUACCACGCUCUCGGUUUCGUCCCCCACUGCCUAGAGACUCUGCUGAUGGACCAGGCCUUCUGGCUGCGGGCGCCCGAGGAUGGGGACCAGGCAGUCCUGGAGGUCCACCUGGAGGAGGAGGCCCUGAGGCAGAUGCACGAGAACCUGCUCCUGCAAGAAGGGUCCUACUUUGUCCUGGGUCCUGACCGCCACAUGAGGACAGUGACUGGUCCCCAGGGGGCGAGGAAGGGCUCCCAGGGAGGGGCGGCCUCAGAAGUGGACUGUCGGAUCCCCAGCAAGUGCUCAGAGGAGGUGGCCACAGCCUUGGAACCCUUGGCUCCGUUUCAUCAGAUUUCUAGCCUCCACAGAAGGGAAGUAGGCGGCCUGGCCAUGGCGCUGGCUGACUGUCAGGGCUCCGGCCCCGAGGAGCUGACCUUCCGAAAGGGGGAGCUCAUCCAGAUCCUGGGAGCCUGGGUGCCGGGCCUGGCCUGGUGCCUUGGCCAGCACCCGGACUCCGGCCAGGUCGGCUUUGUACAGACGAGACUCAUCAGCCGGCAGGGCCAGCCUGAGUCGGAACACUCGGUCUUUCUCAGCGAGGAGGAGAGCUCCUUCUUCAGCCCUGAGGGCUGCUUCUCAGAGCAGGAUCCCCCACUGGCAGAGCUCAACCUGCAGCCCAGUGAGACCCUGCAGAAGGUGAGGAAUGUUCUGGAACAGUGCAAGACCUGCCAGGCCUGCCCCAGGGAGCCAGCAUCCUGGGGACUGUCCCCAGAGCCCGGAGGGCAGAGCCCAGCCAACACCAAGGAGCCUAGCUUCCGCCUGGACACAGAGGCCGACUGGACAGACCCGCAAGCACUGGGCACGACGCUGCAGUGGCUGGACUUCCCUGGAUACCAGGCCUCCUUCAGGCACCUGUAUGCACCGUCCCCGCUGGGACCCGGCAGCUCGCCCUGCAGCCUGGCCGAUGAGGAGGAGCUGGCUGGCCAUCUGGCGCGGGCCCGGGAGGUGGCCAAGAGGGCGGGCCUGCCCAUGGCCCUGGCCAGGCUGUGCUUUCUGCUGGGCCGGCUUUGCGUCGGGAAGCUGAAGCUCUCGCAGGCCCGGGUGUACCUGGAGGAGGCCCUGGGCGCCCUGGGUGGCUGCUUCGGGGACCUGCCCCUCACCGUGGCCCUGUACAGCCUCCUGGCCACUGUCCACCUCAGGCAGAAGAACCGGGACAAGUGUGUGCUGACGGUAGGCAAGGCGGUGGCCCUGCUCCUGGGCGCGCCGGGCCCCGUCUGUGGCUCGGAGGCCCAGCUGCUGCAGCUGGCCCUGGGAAGGGCAGUGCGGGCACAGAGUGCAGCGGCUGAGGCCCGGGCCUGCUUCCUGCUGGCCCGGCACCACUGGAGCCUCAAGCAGCCUGAGGGCGCCCUGCCCUUCCUGGAGAGACUGCUGGUCCUACAGAGCCACCUGGAGCCCUUGGACACCACCUGGCUCGUCGGCUGCUACCAGCGGCUGGCUGACAUCUACAGCCGCCAGUGCCUGCCCCAUCUGGCCCUGAGCUGUGUCCGUGUGGCCUCGCUGCGUGCACAAGGCUCCUUGGCCAGUGCCCUGUGGAGUGUGGACCUGGUCCUGCGCCACGCCACACAGCUCCACGGCCCGUGGCAGGCAGCCCCCUGCCUUCCGGCCCUCAUCGCCCCCUACCUGUGGCAGGCGUUGGCCUCCUCUGCGGCGAGGACAGAGCGGACGCUGCGGGCCUCGCUCUAUGUCAGCCUGGCCCAAGUGCACAGUGACCACGGGCAGCAUGGGCGGGGCGGGGCCCUCUUGAUGCGGGCCGUGGAUGCUGAGGCCCCAUCCGGAGCCCACCCUGUCGUGGACCACCUGGUGGCCCUGGCCUGGAUGCACUUGCUCCGGGGGCAGAGUGCGGUGGCCCUAGAGGUCCUGGAAUCCAUCGAGCACUCGGCCGCGGCCAGCGAGGAGCAGGAGGGUGUGGUCAUCAACAUGAAGGCCGUGGCCCUGAGGAGGCUGGGCAGGACCCGGCGGGCGGCCGAGGGCUACUACUGCGCCCUGCGUGCGGCCAGGCGGUGGGGCCGGCAGCGGGACCAGGCCGUGGUGCUGGCCAACCUCGGGGUGCUGUGUUCGCAGGCAGGCGCCGGGCAGCUUGCGGAGCACUACUUGGUGGGGGCUGUGAAGCACUUCUCCAGGCUGCCUGGCAAGCAGUGGGGCUGCGACUUUACGCAGGUGCUGCUGCUGCUGGCCCACCUGUAUGCCUGCAGGGGCCUGGCCCGCCAGAGCUGCCACUGCUAUGAGUGGGCCUUCCUGGUGGCCAUGGAGACCGGCCACUUUGAGAGCCAGCUGUGUGCCGUCCAGCGCCUGUGCCACUUCUACAGCUCAGUGCAGCCCAGCGAGGCCCACUCUGUGGUCUACCAUGAGCUGCAGCUCUCGCUGGUCCACAGGACGGCCGACAGGGCACGGGAGGGCCGACUCCUAGAGACCAUCAGCCAGCUGUACCUGUCCCUGGGCACGGAGCGGGCCUACAGGUCAGCGCUGGACUACACCAAGCGCAGCCUGGCCAUCUUCAUCGACCUGCAGGAGAAGCGGAAGGAGGCCCACGCAUGGCUACGGGCUGGCCAGAUCUACUACCGGCUGCAGCAGCAUGAGCUGGUGGACCUGUACAUCCAGGUGGCCCAGAAUGCGGCCCUGUACACUGGGGACCCCCGGCUGGGCCUGGAGCUGUUUGAGGCAGCUGGGGACAUCUUCUUCAACGGCAGCCGGGAGCAGGAGAAGGCUCUGACCUUCUACAGGGACCAGGCGCUGCCUCUGGCACUGGCCACGGGGAGCCAGGAGGCAGAGCUGCGGCUGUGUAACAAGCUGACGGUGCUUCUCAGCACCCUGGGCCCCCCCCAGGAGGGGCUGGAGUUCGCGCACACAGCCCUGGCGCUCAGCGUCACCCUGGGGCACCAGCUGAACGAGCGCGUGGCCUGCCACCGGCUGGCCGCCCUGCACCACCGGCUGGGCCAGGGCGAGCUGGCUGAGCACUUUUACCUCAAGGCGCUGGCGCUGUGCAGCUCGCCGCUGGAGUUCCCUGAGGAGACGCUGUACUACGUGAAGGUCUACCUGCUGCUGGGCGACAUCAUCUUCUACGACCUCAAGGACCCGUUUGAUGCGGCCGGGUACUACCAGCUGGCGCUGGCGGCGGCCGUGGACCUGGGCAACAAGCGCGCCCAGCUGAAGAUCUACACGCGCCUGGCCACCAUCUACCACAGCUUCCUGCUGGACCGCGAGCAGUCCCUAGUUUUCUACCGAAAAGCCAGGACCUUCGCCUCGGAGCUCCAGGGCCGCCGCGCCCCCCUGGCCCCGCCCCCUUCCGCCCUCGCCUGCGCCCGGUCUGUCCCCGCCCCUAGCCUCCGCCCAGAACGCCCCAGAGCCUACUGGCUCCGCCCCCGACCAGCGCUGCCAGCACCUGGCCUGGCCCCACCCCCGGCCACGCCCUGAACACCUCAGGGCUGGGGUCAGGACCGGAGUGGACACUGCAGGGUGGGGACAUCUCCCAGUGCACCCCCGUUUUCGGGAAACUGAGGCACCGAGGGGGUGCCAAUAGCAAUAAAGGCUUCUCAGCACUA